CUCGGAGGGCCGAGCCGCCCCUCUCUCCUGCCCCUCCUCCUCCCUUUCCCACCCCUCGGAGUGGAGCUGCACAUGCGGCUGCUCCUUGCUCGGUCCCGCCCAGCCUCCGUCGCGCAGGAACGGGUCCCUACAGCCCCCAGCCGAUGGCAGGACAGUAGCCGCCUGUCAGGGGUCGUGAAGGGCUGAGGCAGACGCGGCGGCUCCCGGGCCUCAGAGAGGGUGUCUCCGGAGACCAUGGGCUACCCCGAGGUGGAGCGCAGGGAACCCCUGCCCGCGGCAGCGCCGCGGGAGCGCGGGAGCCAGCGCUGCGGCUGUCGCGGGGCCCCUGCCCGGGCGGGCGAAGGGAACAGCUGCCGGCUCUUCCUGGGUUUCUUUGGCCUCUCGCUGGCCCUCCACCUGCUGACGUUGUGCUGCUACCUAGAGUUGCGCUCCGAGUUGCGGCGGGAACGGGGCGCCGAGUCCCGCCUCGGCGGCCCCAGUGCCCCUGGCACCUCCGGCACCCUGAGCAGCCCCAGUGGCCUCGACCCCAAUGGUCCCAUCACCCGCCACUUAAAGCAGCCGUCCCCGCAGCAGCAGUUGCUGGAACCGGGAGAAACCACGCUUCCCCCAGACGCCCAGGACGGGCACCAGCUGGCCCUUCUGAAUUACUUCAUCCCUGAAGAAAAGUCAUACUCUGAAGAGGAAAGUAGGCGUGUUCGCCGCAAUAAAAGAAGCAAAAGCAGUGAAGGAGCAGAUGGUCCAGUUAAAAACAAGAAAAAGGGAAAGAAGGCAGGACCUCCAGGGCCCAAUGGCCCCCCAGGACCUCCAGGACCUCCAGGACCCCAAGGACCCCCAGGGAUUCCAGGGAUUCCUGGCAUUCCAGGAACCACUGUUAUGGGACCACCGGGCCCUCCAGGUCCUCCAGGUCCUCAAGGACCCCCUGGUCUCCAGGGACCUUCUGGUGCUGCUGAUAAAGCUGGAACUCGAGAAAACCAGCCGGCCGUGGUGCAUCUACAGGGCCAAGGGUCAGCCAUCCAAGUCAAGAAUGAUCUUUCAGGUGGAGUGCUCAAUGACUGGUCUCGCAUCACCAUGAACCCCAAGGUGUUUAAGCUACAUCCCCGCAGCGGGGAGCUGGAGGUACUGGUGGACGGCACCUACUUCAUCUAUAGUCAGGUAGAAGUAUACUACAUCAACUUCACUGACUUCGCCAGCUAUGAGGUAGUGGUGGAUGAGAAGCCCUUCCUGCAGUGCACCCGCAGCAUCGAGACGGGCAAGACCAACUACAACACUUGCUACACCGCAGGGGUCUGCCUCCUCAAAGCGCGGCAAAAGAUCGCCGUUAAAAUGGUCCACGCCGACAUCUCCAUCAACAUGAGCAAGCACACCACCUUCUUUGGGGCCAUCAGGCUGGGCGAGGCCCCUGCAUCCUAGAUCCCUACCCAGCCCCCUCUCUGGCCCCUGCCCUUGCCCUUACCCCAGGUUUGGGAGCCGGAACUCCCAGAACCUCUAAGUGCUGCUGUGGAAUAAGGGGUAUGGGUGUUGCAGCUGCAGAGAAAAAUGCCCCAGUGCUAUUUAUUCCCCGGGGUCUCCAGGAUGACAAGGCCUUACUGACUUUUCAGAAUGACCUUGAGUGAACUGCACAGUUGACUGAGCCCCAGGGUUGACGUGAAGCAAAACCUUCCUCCUUGGCUCCGUGUUGACUGCUUAUGGCACGACUCUUCAGCCUCUAGGUCCCUGGUGUCAUUUCAUUGCACUAAAGUGAGGGUCUCGGGCAGCAGGCAAGAAAUAACAAAGGUGCACCCCAGACUGUGGGGUGAGCCUCUGACCUGGAAGAGGCUGCUGCUCCUGUCUCCGGUUGGGAUGGGGGCAGAGGUGGGGCAGGAGGGGGUGUAGCAGCCUAAGGAGAGGGGCAGGGAAGGAAAGGCAGGUAUUUGUGGCAGAGACCAGGGAGAAACCUGCCAGACGGUCAUCGAGCUCUUCCCACUUGGGCUGAGCCGUGUUGCCACAGCUUGCCAGGCUUUGAGGAUGGGAGGUUUCCUCUUCCUUGGAGCGAUUGCUGGGAAUGGCCAUAAACCUGCCUGCUUACAUAAGAGCCUAAAGCCACAUUUGGGGCCAUAUGUCUUUUAUUUUGUUUACAGCUGUGCUCCAAGCUCAAAACACUCCCCAGGUCCUCGCCCAAUUGCCCCUUCCCAGCCUGGCUUGAACUCUCGUUUCCUCCCUCCACAGAGCCUACCUCUGUCCGAGACAGGUGCCUAUCCAGGGACCUGUGAGUCUGGGAUACUCUUUAGAUUACCUGGGCACAAAGGAAAUUUUCCAUUUAUUAAGCAACACAAAUAUUCAUCUAGUCGAGUUAUGUCUGGGGGCAGAGGGCUGGACUGUGUGACCUCCAGAAGCUCCUUCAAAUUCUAAUAUUUAGGCAGCUCCCAUGCUAUCCUUCUAAAAUACCCAAAGCCUGGACUUCCCCCAGGCAAGGCAGAGCUUUUCUACCUGACCCUGAAGGGCAUGAGCUGGGGCUAGGACAGGGAUUUCUUCAAGUUUGCUGCAGCCCAGGUGGUCAUUAGCCCAGGCCUAAUCUGAAAGGACAGCAGCUGAUGCCAUACUAAGCCUUCCACCCCCAUUUCUUCUCAUUGGCUCCAGAAAGCCACAGCACAGCAGAGUCACUGUAGAUUCCAGUGCUGGUUCCCUGAAUCCAGGCUCAGGAGACAGCGGCAUCUAGGCAGUGGGCAGGAUUCUGCCCUCCAGUCAGGCCCAAAGACACCUCUUCCUGCCCCAACUCCAAGCUUCCCAUUGGAUCAUAUGAUAGGAUAAUUAAAGGGCCUUAUUUCUAAACACCUGGGCCCAGCCUGGCAUCUGGGGGCUGAGUUUAGCCCAGACCUAGCAGUGCCAGUCUGGUAGAGUCUGCUACUCUUACUCCCAAAACAAGUUUCCUCUUGAAGAGCUAGGGAAUAAGUUCCUUCAGGCAGCAGAAAUACACUAAGAACAACAGAUACUCAUUUCUCUGCUGUGCCUUCUCUUUCUAAGCAGCUACACUGCUUGGCCCUUCAGGGGUCAGGACAAGAGUGGAGUAGGCUACGCCGCCAUCAUUUGGUUGCUGAUGGCAGCCUUGCCACCCAAGGUGAGGCAAACUUGAGGCAUGUGUUUGGCCCCAGCUCCUAGCAAGUGCCUUAGACAGGCCUCAGUUAUAGCAGAAUCUGAUGAGAACCUCUCCUUAAAGUCUGCAAAGUACUUCCUCUCAUCUCCUUCGAUAAUAUUACAAACCCUAUUGUUCACAUGAGGCUCAGAGAGGUUAAGUGCUUUGACCAGGAUCUCACCCAGCUUAAGUCACAAACUUGGGGCUUCAGCCAAGGUCUGAUUGCAGAGCUUUUCCAUUACCCCCCAGCAUUAUGUUGAAUUUGGAAUCUAGGGAGAACUAGUAAAAAUGGUAAUAUGGACCCCAAAUCCUUGAGGGCCCUAGGGAGAAACCCAGAGAGGCUCAUUUUCAUUCCUUCAUGAUAGUGCUUCUUCUCUUGGCUGCUGGGGCUCUGUGGCGAAAGAGUAGGACGUUUCUUUGGGAAAUAGCCAUCAGCCUUAGAGAACUUGUGUUCAGAACAAUUGUCUUGGUACCAUAUCCAAGCAUCAGGCCUCUAGUAGCCACAGAACAAAUGCCCCUUGUGUUCUGUCAUACACUUAAUGAACCAACCAACCAUUUUGUACAGAGCCCCUACUGUGGACAAGGGCCUCCUCUGGUUACACUUCAGAGAGCUUAUAGAAGCUGGCCACUUGCUACAGCUACUAUCUUAUCUCUUCUGCCAGACCACAGAGACCUCUGUACUACCAGGAUCUCUCAGGGAUGGAGGGAAGAGCCAAGAGGGGUCCGGCUCUAAAGCCAAAAGGGUGUGAGGUGAGGGAAGGAAAAGCCUUAAUGGUGCCCCUCCCACUCUAUUCUCCAGAUAUGGAGGUGAUUAGAGGGGAAAUAGGAUUCGCACAGGACCCCUUUAUUCAUUGUGACCCCUCAAAAGGAAUCUUGGAGGGAGGGGUGAUGAGGGAAGCGAGAGGUAGCUGGCGAGCUCUGUUGCUGCAAAGUUACUGAAGCAGUUUACUGCUAAGAGACUGUGGAACUGGAGUCACACCUUGGAAUUAUGCUGAUGUGACUUUCCUGGAAGGCCAAGGGCAGUAUGGAGAAUGAGGACACUUGUAAGCAAAUAGAUGACACAAGUUUGAAGAAGAAUUACAUGAUGGGGGCUUUGCCAGCCGCUUGGGCUUCAACAGCUGAAGCUGGCACAAGAGGCAGCUGUAGGGAGCUGCUCAGGUCCUGGGUCCUCAGAAAAAUGUCGUCUGUGCCUUGUUUCCCUCUUCAUCCAUCCUGAGCCAAAUUUCUUUUGAUGAGCACUAAAGGGCUAGGGACCCUGGAGACAAGCAAAGACCGAGCCACGUGUGAGCACGUGUGUUUUAUGUAACUUCUGGUGGGUGCAAAUAGAUUCCGAGAAACCGAGCUAAAGAGGCCAUUAGAGGGAAUUCAGCCCAACCUACAUUCUACCCCUUGAUGCUCAUGUGGAAACUGAGGCCCAGAGAGGGAGGGUGACCUGGCUGAGGUGAAGGAGCCACAACCUCCAGGCUCAGCAAGGUGAGGGGGUGAAACAGCCCACGUCCCACACAGUCCCCUUCUUCCUUCCACCCAUAGACUCAAGGCUCGAAGUGCUUGGCCCCUUCAGGAGCCUGGCCAGGCAGAGAAACUGUAGCUGCAGCCUUCGUCAGAUGGCUUCCUUCCCCAGGGCUCCCUCCCAGCUUCUGCCCCUAGAUGGAAGGCUCUGGAAGGGGCCAACACCAGGGAGUCCUGAGGUCCCUGCCUGGAGGCUCCCCUAGGCCAUGUGAGCAUAAGGACAGAACCAGAUUUUUUUUCUUGUAAUCUGUUUCAGGGCUCUCUCCAAGUGGAGUCAGGAUUACUUUAUUCAAAAAGAUUCCAGCUGGGGUGGGGGGUGGGCUUUGUAGUGAGAAUGGCCUGGAGCAGGCCCAGUGCUGCUUUGGGGGGUCAGCAUCUAGUGUGAGAUAUUGUGUAUAUAAACUAUACAUAAUGUAUAUAAACUGGGAUGUAAGUUUGUGUAAAUUAACGGUUUAUUCUUUUGCAAAUAAAGCUUUUUCCCUUUGUUCUUGAAA